AGCAAGGCUAUGCCACUUAUGGAGUUGGCAAGUAGGUCAGACUUUGUGCAUUGUAGGAAAUGAUGAUAUGUUAUCAACAUAUAAACAGUUAUUAAUUUGACUAACUCUAAUUUUCUGCACAUGUAUUUAGAAAAGGAUUAUCUAUUAAAUAUUUCCCAAAGGAUUAUCUGUGUUGUUAUUGAUUUAAUACAUAUAGAUCAACAAAUUAACAUCAGUAAUUUUUUCCAGUACAAGACAUUAAAAAAAAAAUUGAAUCUUUAUUUUUUUUUCAAGUACCCAAAAACAUAAAUUGAAAUGAAUCAAUUCAAAAUUUUAUCUCAUUAAGAACUUAUAAUAUUUGAAAAUUUAUUGUAAUGAACAAUCUGCUAACCACGCAGGUGGCAUCUUGGCUUCUGUAAAUGGGAGUGUACUCCUCUGUACAGAGGGUUUGAUGCAUUUGUUGGUUACUUUUCCAGUGGGGAAGACUAUUACAGCAAGCUACAAGGUAGAGAUAUCCCAAUAUUUCUGCUUUAAUCCUAUGCUUCAAAUAAUUUUCUUAAUAUUCUUUUGUCAUGUCUAUUAUGGUGUGAUAAUAAAAAGUAAUAACUGCUUAGAAAUUUUAAUUUGAGAUUGGAUCAACGCCUUUAUGAUUCUCUACUCAAGUCUCAGAAUAUGUUGUUAAAGAUUAUAAGCCAAGUUCCGGUCUCAUUCAACAUUUAUUUAUAUAUUUAAGAACACUCUAUAUGCUAAGAAAGUUUUAAUGAAUAGAUAAAAAAUUCAAGCAAUUUAAUAAUUUCGAUCAAUUAAGUUUAUAUUCAACUGACACUUUUACUUAAAUAUUAAUUUUUUUUUUUGGUGAACAAACUUAUAUCAUCUGAUUUUUAUACAAAUUGGAAAGAAAAGAAACCACAGAUUUAACACCAAAAAAAGUAUAAUAAUAAUAAUUCUUUUUUUUUUUUUUAUAACUGUUGAGUGUAAAUUCUUUUUAAAGGAAAAAUGUCAUGCUCUUAGUUGUUUUUUUUAAAUCUGAAAUUGUCUUUUUUUUUUCUUUAAGACAAUUUUUAUAAAAUAUUUUCUUAAGAAUUAAUGUUCUUCUUUAACAAGAUACUGGUUAUGAUUUCCGUAUCAAUCAGGACACAUAUUGGGAGGCUAAUGGAACCUACUCCUCAGUAAGUUGACAUCAUCUGAGUGUGAAUAGUUAAUAAAGCAUUGGGAAUUCAUUAUAUACAUUCAAAUAUGACAUUUUUGGCUCCCAAUUUUAAACCUCUACCAUUUGGUCCUGGGCCUCAUUUAAUUUCUUUAAAAGAUUAUUUCCAUUACUAUCAGUCCUCAGGACAGUUUCAGUAUUUCACCAGGGUAUUUUGAUUUUGUAAGUGAACUUAAGUUAAGUUGUGAAAAAAAUAGAUUUAAAAAAUGUAUUUAUAAAAAGUGAGUUUUAAUAUUGUUUCUUAUUUUUCUGUUUCAGUUUUUGUAUCAGUCUGCCCUGAAAACAAUAAUAAACAACCAUGACCCCAAAGUUCCAAUGUUCCUUUACAUCCCAGCACAAUCUGUCCAUGAGCCUCUUGAGGUAAGUUACAGCUCAGGGCUACAUGGAUCACCUAAGCAAUGCCAUUUGCAAAGGGGAGAUGCUUAAGCAAAUGCCCAAGUUGAAUUGCUGAGUAGGGAAAAAUGCCAUUCAUAAGGACACCAAUAAUCUCAGGCUGAUGUACAUUUCCUAUGUUGAAGGAAACAAAGUUGACUAAAAAUAGGUAAAUAAAGAGCAUCAAGAAUUGAAGAAAGUUUGGGAGGAAAGUGGUGGUAGUGGUUGGAAAAAAAAAAAGGGGGGGGGGGAGAGAGAGAGAGAGAGAGAGAGACUGAUAUCACUAUCAAUGACAUCAUUUUUUUUUUUAAAAUUGUAUUUUCAAAUGUUUUAUAUUUUACAGCAACUGGAUUCAGCUUUGGCUAACUUAAAAUGAUUUUUCAUUCAACUUACCCAAUGAGAAAUUAAGAGACAACUCUUAGAUAACAUUUUUUUUCCACAUGUAGGUCCCUGAUUACUACUACAACUUGUAUCCCAACAUCAAAACCAAGGGCAGGCGAACAUUCUCAGGUACAGUGAACUAAUUUUGCACUUUUAUUUUGGGGGAAAAGAUUUUACUUGCAAAAAGAUUUUUCGUGCAUGCUUUUUGUUGAAAAAAAAAAGUAUAAUUCAACAGCUUAUUUAAGUUUUUGUGGAAGCACUUAUUAUUAUGGAUUUCAGGAAUUUUCUCAUCUCUUAAAGUCAGAAAUGUUGUUUCCAGAGCAACAUAUUUUACUUUAUUACUCCACUUAGAGAAUUAAUCAUUCAUUAAAAAAAAAUCGGGGUAUUUUUUUACCUUUUUUUCAUUGUAUGGUAAUUUAUGCUUGAAUCUAUUUUCGAUUUUUUUUCCUUUGCUUUGUGAUUGUAAAAAGAAUAAUUAUGGUGAAAAUUAGUGCAUUGAAAAUGUUACCUCACUGCAUGCCUUGUGGUGGUUUUUAUCAGGAAUGGUUACUGCCCUUGAUGACACUGUAGGCUUAGUGGUGGAUUUGUUAAAGAAAAGAAAUUUGUACAAUGAUACCAUAAUUUUCUUUACUGCAGAUGUAAGUUUUUGCUUUAUUAUUUUUUUUGUUUUUGUUUUCUUAAUGUGGGUAAGGAAUAUUACGAAUAUGAAAGGUUGGCCUAUAUCUUUUGAAAGUUCAUUUACCUGUUACUAUUAUAUUAAUCAAUUUUUUUUAUUUUAAAUUUUGACAAAAUGUUAUUUUACCAAUAUCUAAAACACAGUUUUACAUUUUAAAGUUAUUUGCAUAGCCAGAGGAAUGGAACAAAAUAUGUUUAUCUAAAAAGAAAUAUUAAUAAUUAUCCAUACAAAAUAAAUCCUCUAGAUCUCAAAACUCUAGUGCCACUAUCUAAGACUUAGCAUCCAAGCAUCCAGAGCUACCAUGACCAUAGUUAUUUCAGAGCUACCAUAGUCUUUUUAAGACCUACCAUAGUCCUAUUCAGAGCUACAUAGCCAUUUUCAGGGCUACCAUAGACAUUUUUAGAGCUACCAUGGUAAUUUUAAAAGCUACCAUGGUCAUUUUCAGAGCUACCAUGGUCAUUUUCAAAGCUACCAAUAGUUAUUUUCAGAGUCACCAUAGUCCUUUUCAGAGCCAUAUUAAAAAAAAAAGUUGUCACUUGUUUAACUACAUCAUUAGAAUGGAGGAGCAGUGCCCUUCCAUGGCAACAACUACCCGCUUCGAGGAGCCAAGUCAACUAUUUGGGAAGGUGGCACCAGGGUCCCCGCCUUUGUUCAUGGGAAGUUUCUAGAAACAACUGGCGUCCGCUACGAUGGGUGAGUUUUCAAUAACAUGUAAUUUUCAAGUUCAUCUUGUUGGUUCGAUUCCUGAGAGUAGUUUUCAGUUUUUAUCUUUUGAUAUUGUUGUUACUAUUAUUGUUAUUAUUAUAAUUAUUAUUAAAGUGGUUUUUUAUAGCGCAGUACUCCAGCCUAGGGCUAGUCUCACUGCGUUUCAGAUAAAAAUUAGCAAUUGCAGAAAAUUAUACAUUUAAAAACAACAAUUGGUGAAAAGCUUGACCUCACCCACCCAAGCACUAUCUACCCGUUACUUGCAAUUAUAUUUUUAAUUAUUGGAAAUUAACAUACAGUAUACUUUUACAAAACAAAAUAAAUUCUCCUUCAUUAAUAACAAUGAACAUUUAAAUAGGAUCAACAUAGGGGUGUUAAAAUGUGUUACACAUUAUUAAGAUGUAAUAAAUUCACAGUAAAAAUUUAAAGAAUAGGUUCAUUUCAAUUGAAAAUAUAAUGUACCCAGUAUUACUCAAUAUUUAAAACUCCCAUGAAAGUAUUUUUGUCAACAUUUGGUUAUUUUAGUUUGAUCCAUGCUGUGGACUGGUCACCUACUAUUGCUGAGGCUGCAAAAAUCCCUUAUAUUGGUAGGUUUUCAUAGGACUUCAUAGCACAUUAGGCUGUCCUUUAAUAACAUAGCACAUUUGGCUGUACUUUAGUAGCAUAAUUUGAAUGGGAAGAUGAGAUGCUGUGAGAUAUUAAGCCAAGUCAGCAGGACCAUCAGAAUAAAACAUUUGGUUGGUUACUGGGUCAACAUCAAGUUGAAAAACCAUAAAAAUACAUUCUAUUAAAAAAAAUAUCAUUUAGUUUUAAACUGCUCAAUAACAUAUAGUAUUUAAUUAUGAAAAUUUGAUAUAAAUUUAAAAUCUACAGUUAUCCUUAAGCUAAAAACUGCAGUGCAGUAUGACAAAUAUCUGUAGAUAUCUGUAUGACAAAUAUCUGUAGAUAUCUGUAUGACGAAUAUCUGUAGUUAUCUGUAUGCCAAAUAUCUGUAGCUAUCUGUAUGCCAAAAAUCUGUAGAUAUCUGUAUGCCAAAUAUCUGUAAAUAUCUGUAGAUAUCUCUAUGCCCAAAUAUAUUUGUAUUAAAUGAGACAGAUCCCGACAGUGAUGGUGUAAGUCAGUGGCAGUCGAUCAUUUCCCUGUCAUCUUCCAAACGUUCUGAGAUUGUCUACAAUUUGGACAAUGAAACAACUGGUCUUUCAGGCCAUGCAGCCAUACGGUAAGAUGUCCUGUGUAUAAAAUAUCUGACUUGUAUCAAUUACAUUAGCAAUGCUGACCAGCUGCUUUAGUCUUACUGACUGAAAUUUUCCCUCAAGGCAAAAAGAAAGGUUUCUGAAAUGAACCCAAAUCUUCUUAAAAAUAUAGCACACAGAACUGGCAACACCCCUUGAAGGUGUGAUCCUUUUAACACAAGGGUGGAAAAAAGUGAUGUUGGGGUGAGGAGAGGUAAGGUCUUUUAAAUAUAACACCCAUAAACACUUGAUCUAGACUGUUUUAACAUAACACCCAUAAACACUUGAUCUAGACUAACUAUUUCAACAUAACACCCAUAAACACUUGAUCUAGACUAACUAUUUCAACAUAACACCCAUAAACACUUGUUAUAGAUGAUUUAUUUCUGUUUAUACAAGGGAGGGGGAAACUUUAUUGAAGUAAUUCAAAAUAUAAAGUAAAAUGUUUCAGCUUAGAGCCUUCUUGAGUAACUGCCAUUUAACAAAGUAUACUAGCUGGCAGAAAACCACAUAGUAUACAAGCAGGCUGAAAACCCAUAUAGCAUACCAGCAGACAGAAACCCAAAUAGUUAACCAGCAGGCUGAAAACCGCAUAGUAUACAGGCAGGCAGAAAACCACAUAGUAUACAAGCAGGCAGAAAACCCAAAUAGUGUACCAGCAGGCAGAAAACCCAAAUAGUGUACCAGCAGGCAGAAAACCCAAAUAGUGUACCAGCAGGCAGAAAACCACAUAGUAUACCAGCAGGCAGAAAACCCAAAUAGUGUACCAGCAGGCAGAAAACCACAUAGUAUACCAGCAGACAGAAACCCAAAUAGUUAACCAGCAGGCAGAAAACCCAAAUAGUAUACCAGCAGGCAGAAAACCACAUAGUAUACCAACAGGCAGAAAACCCAAAUAGUGUACCAGUAGGCAGAGAACCCAAAUAGUGUACCAGUAGGCAGAAAACCACAUAGUAUACAGGCAGGCAGAAAACUACACAGUAUACAGGCAGGCAGAAAACCCACAUAGUAUACAAGCAGGCAGAAAACCACAUAGUAUACCAGCAGGCAGAAAACUACAUAGUAUACAAGCAGGCAGAAAACCCACGUAGUAUACAAGCAGGCAGAAAACCCACAUAGUAUACAAGCAGGCAGAAAACCCACAUAGUAUACAAGAAGACAGAAAACCACGUAGUAUACAGGCAGGCAGAAAACUACAUAGUAUACAAGCAGGCAGAAAACCCACAUAGUAUACUGGAAGACAGAAAACCACAUAGUAUACAGGCAGGCAGAAACUACAUAGUAUACAGGCAGGCAGAAAACUACACAGUAUAGAGGCAGGCAGAAAACCCACAUAGUAUACAAGCAAGCAAAAAAAGCAAAGAAUUCCAGCAGCCAGAAAAACACACAGACUACCAGAGGGCAGACAACCAGCUUAUUUUGAAAAUAAGUAAGAUCUGUAUUGAAAGACUUUAAAAAUUAAUUUUUUUAAAUAUUAUUUUUUGUUUUCCCUUUUGUACAGAGUAGGAGAUUACAAAUUAGUUUUAGGAGUCCCUGGGGCAUUAAAUGGUUGGUACAAGCCAGACGAAGACUAUACAGAAGCAGAUGAUGACUAUGUUGGAAACUGG